GAAAGCCGCAUCCAACCUGCAGGAUCCUUGCUGCCGUGGUGCGUACGAUCUACCCCGCAGUUUUCACCUCGGCGGGGUGAAGCAGCUCCACGAUGACGACCUCAGCUGAUGAGGAGAGUAAUCCCGCCGACAUGUAGCGAGCGGCGACUCUAAUUCCUUUCGCGUAUUUAUUUGGGACGACCCACCGCAUCCUUUCACGCUUCUGCUGCCACUUUCUUGCCUCCCGUUUUCACUCAUUCUGCCUAGUCUUGAGUUCUUGCUUGGCUUGUCAACAUGACAAAGGAUACCAUGAAAGCUGUGAUCUUCAAAGGGCCGCAUAAGGUCGUCAUUGAAGACCGUCCGAUACCCAAGAUACAAGAUCCGACGGACAUCAUUGUCAAAGUAGAGAAGACAGCACUAUGCGGCAGUGAAUUGCACGUCUUCCGCGGCCACCAACCCUCUGGCACCGACUUCAUAAUGGGCCAUGAGUUUACGGGUUCUGUGGAAGAGCUCGGAUCGGAGGUCAAGACGGUGAAGAAGGGUGACCGCAUUGUCUCUCCGUUUACGGUCUCGUGCGGCGACUGCUUCUACUGUAAGCGUGGCUUCUCAUCCCGCUGCUCGAAAUGCCAACUCUUCGGCACGACUGUCCUCGAUGGCGGACAGGCCGAGUACGUUCGCAUCCCUCUCGCCGAUAGCUCGGUCGUGAAAGCGCCCGAGGGCGUGAAGGACGAAGUACUGGUGCUCAUGGCCGAUAUCUUCCCUACUGGUUGGUUCGCAGCGCAAAAUGCUUUUAAGGAGAUGAGCAACGAGGAGGUAAAGGAGAGCACGGUUGUGCUGGUGGGCUGUGGACCGGUAGCGCUUUGCGCGCUUGUCAACCUCGUGGACUUUGCCCCCAAGCAUAUCCUGGCCGUCGACUCUAUACCUUCCAGGCUCGAGCUUGCGAAGAGCCUCGGUGCCGAGCCGUGGAAUUUCCAGGCUGAUCGAGAGGGGCUGGACAAGAGGGUCAAGGAGUUGACGGAUGGACGGGGCGCGGAUGUCGUGGUAGAGGUGGUGGGACUGUCCCCGGCGCUGAAGAUGGGCUUCGAGUUGCUCCGGCCUUGGGGAGUCAUAUCAAGCGUUGGCGUUCACAACGGAGAGAUUCCGUGGACGGGCAACCAGGCUUACGGCAAGAACCUGCGGAUCCAGAUGGGCAGAUGCCCGGUCCGGAGCGUGUUCCCGCAGUCGCUAGAGGCGCUGAAGAAGCACCAGGACAAGCUUGGGUUCAUGGCGGACAAGGUGAUGCCGCUGAGUCAGGCGGUCGAGGGCUACGAGCUGUUCGACAAGAUGCAGGCGCAGAAGGUGGUGUUUGAGGCUCAGAAGUGACCGUGCAUUCCACAUGUAAUUCAGGAGGCUGGGGGCGGCGCUCCAAUCAGACACGGCGGCACGCAAACCGCAGCACUGUGCGUUGUAGUUGGCCAAUUCACGGCUGCGCUGUGCACUGUGCAUGCUGCAGC